AUGAGUUCCCUCGACGACGCAAAUCCCCUCGACGACGCAAGUCCCUCGCCGAACAAUUUCCCGACCUCCGCCCCGAAGAUGCAUAAUUUUCCCUCCAGCCUCGGCAAGACCUUCGCAGCCGGGUGGCCUUCUUGGCGCAGCACUCGUGGUGAUCCAAGCUUCACAAUCCGCUUGGCAGAGCAGCUGAAGGAUGAGGCGGCAAAGUCUCACCUCCCAGAGGAUCCUGCCACCAUCAUUCACGAGUUUCGCAAGGAGUGCCAGCGAAGAGGUAUGGCCGCGUUUAACGAAGUGUGGAGCGAGCUCGAGAACGCCCUCAUCACGCUUGUCUACAGCUCCAACCUGAUCGAGUUGUCUGGGCAAGAUCUGCAAAUCACCACCAGAAUUUGCCAAGAUGUGUUUCGCGGCAAAGCAGUUAACCCAAACAUUCCCGAGUCCGAGUCCGACCCCGAGUACCAGCGGCAUCUCGGAAACCUGCUUAAGACGCAUCGGAGGGGCGACAUGCCAAAUAUCAUUCGGUCUCGCCUGGAGGUAAUCAACCAUGCCAAAGCACUUGGCUACAUGAUUGAUCGAGUGGCGCUGGACAACGAACUACUGUCCGAGGAUUUGAUUCUCGAAACCCAUCGCAUUUUAUUCGAGGGUCUCACUCUCGACGGGGACAUCAAGCCGGGCGUUUAUCGCGACCACGAAGUGGCCGUAUGCUACAGCAAGCCCGGCGAGAAGAAAAAGAAGAGCGUGUGCAUACGAGCAAUGGCCGUGCCGGGCUACAUGAGACAGAUGGUGGACCAUCUUAACGACGAUAUCGCCAUGGCUGAGGCGGCGGCCGAAAUUGAUCCAUACACCUUGGCGGCGCGCUAUCACCACCAGUUCGUCAUGAUUCACCCUUUCGGAGACGGCAAUGGCCGCCUAACACGCAUUAUCCUAAACGUCAUCUUGCUCAAAUACGCCGGGCACCUGACAGCGUUUGGGAGUGAAGGCAACGAGAAAGACGAUUACCUGCACAUCGUGCGUAGAGGGCACAAAGCCUUUAACGACGAGGACAUGGAGGUUGAAUUUCACGAGCAGACAUCCCAUCACGAAUUUGCGCGAGGCAAGGACGAAACGCCUGCUUGA